AUGUCCAAUCAAAACAAAAUUAAACGUACUUCAGCAAAAAGCUCUUUAACAAAAUUCACUAAAUACUUUCAAACUAUAAAGGAUGAUGAUGAUAUAGAUUUACUUGAUUUGCAACAACGCCUAACAAAGGCAGAAACACUUUUUGAAGACUUUCACAAUGCGCAACUUGCUAUCGAAUCUGAAGAUCCUGAUUUUGAAAUAAAUUAUGACACAGUACACUCUCCUGUGAGAGAACAAUUUGAAAAUGAAUUUUAUAAAAUAACUUCUGCUGUUAAGAAAUUCAUUAUGUUACACGAAACACAUGAACAUACAAGUAUACAUGGAAAUGACAGUAAUUAUCCAAACAAUACUACAAUACAUACAAAUAUUCGCUUACCACAACUAAAUUUGCCCACAUUUGAUGGCUCUUUAGACCAAUGGUUGUUUUUUAGAGACAGUUUCAAGUCAAUCAUUCAUGAUAACUCUACAAUGACAAAUGUACAAAAAUUUCAUUAUUUGAGGCUAUCUGUUCAAGGUACAGCUGCAGACAAAAUCAAAUCAUUACAAAUUUGCGAAGCAAACUAUAACAUAACAUGGAAGUUACUCUGUGAUAGAUUUGAAGAUAAACAAUCUUUGAUAAAAAAUCACAUAAAAAGUUUAUUUCAAUUACCCACACUAACAAAAGAAUCUCAUGAAGGUCUCAAUUUUAUUCUUGACAGUGUAGAGAAAAACCUCAAUGCUUUAAAUGUUUUAGAGAGACCAACAGAUCAUUGGGAUGAUUUACUUGUAUACUUAAUUACUACAAAAUUUGAUCAUAUCACCCAUCGAGCAUGGGAAACACGCAAUGAUGCUACUAAAAUACCCACCUUGAAGGAAUUAUUAAAAUUCAUUGAGGAACGUUGUAGAGUCCUGCAACUCAAAUGA